AUGCACGGCCACCGCUUGAGGAUGGCCGAAGGCACAGCUGCACUUAUUUACGACGAACUUCUUACUGGGCUCCACAUGGGUGCAGAGAGCCUUUCGGUCGAAUUGCGUGAGCCCUUUCUCCACUACCUGGACCAGCGUACCAACAACUUCGACCAUCCCGCCCGCUCUUAUAACGUGCUUAUGAAGCUACGCCGUCUGAGUGACCAUGUAUGCGAUUCGGAGGUCAAGAAGGGCGUCGGCAAGGCCAUACUAGAAAAUAAGACCCCCGUCAACGUCUUCUUCGACUGUCUGCCCAGCCCCGAGGAAUUCGAGAGAGAGCUUUAUGACCUGGACGAGAAUAGCGACUGGCCCUUCAAGCUGGCAUGCAAGCACGCAUUCAGAUCUUUCAGGGCUCUGAUAGCCGCUCACGGAAGGACGGAGAUGACCCAAGAAUUCAAGGAUCCAGUCCUGGACAAGCUCUUCCUUUACGUGGAUCGAGCAGCCCGCGACGGCCAGACCGAGGACCACGACCUGUUCUCGGACUUCGUGACCAAAGAGCUCAUGCUCAUAGGGUCAUCGACCCGUCGCAUCAUCUGCUCUGGCUGCUCGACCGAGCACACUAUCUAUCAGAGCCCCUUAACUACAGAGGCGUUCACGUACGCCACCAGGGAGGACAUGGAGAACCUUGGCAUCCACUGCCAGAACGAGGCCUGCCCCAUCUACACCGAGCGCGUCCAGGAAGUAUCGUCAACAGCCAUCCCACAGAGGAACGAUUCUUAUAAUGAGCGCACAUGCCAGCUCCUGGGUUACCUAAGCUGGCUGUCCCACGGUCGACGGGACUCGGAGUGCACCUUCACCAAGCCCUGGGACAAAGACGACCGCCCCGCGGACCUGGGGGCCACGGGCGUGCCCAACCUCGACUUGGGCCGCCUGCCCGUCGGCCUGGUGCACACAGAGGAGUUAAGGUCGUGCCCGGAUACCAAGAGCCUCUACCGCCGCGCCUGUAUAUUCAGCGUCGUGUUCAACCAGUAUAUCCUGACCACCUUUGGCAUAACGGGGACCGUCCAUGCCGUGACGCUGGAAGAUGGCAUCAUCGUGGCGACGAUGGACCGCCCCGAGCACGAACUGCCGCAGUGUGACUACGCGGGCAUCGCAUCCGGCCUGGACCUCGCCCUUCCCGAAGUCCAGGGGGCUCUCCACGCCUACUGCUGCCGCGAGAUGUACUGUUCCGCAAGGGCGCUCUUUGAGUAUUUCUUCCUCGACUCCGGGGCGGAGAUCGAGUUCCUGGACUUUGUGCCCAAGAACGUCAACACGCCGGUCGUGCAGAUCAUAGGCGACUGGCCCAGGUCCAACAUGCGGCCGCUCCACACCGUCGUCGUCCUCACGGCCAGGUCGGGCCGCCAGUUCGUCCUCGACCCGAGCGCCCCGCAGUACGGCUGGGCGGACGUCUUCGCGCCGCUGGACACGUACGCCCGGUGCCGCGUCGACUUCAAGUACAGCACCUAUGGCUGCGUGCCGCUCGACCCCGACCGGCUGCCGACUAAGGAUACCCCGAAGCCGCAGGGGAAGACGGCCGCCGGGAACUGGAGGAGGCGGCGCGCGGCCGAGUAUAUCCUGGGAUAUGUCAGAAAUUAUAUCCCCAACGGCGAUCUUGGCCGCCUCAUUGAUGGUUCGCAGGAGGAUUUCGAUCGGCACUGCCGGAAUUUGGAUAGGCAGAUGUCGAUUCUUUUGCCAUUGUUUUCAAAGACCAAUUGUUCUUGA